AUGUCACCGCCUCCUCUUCCUCCUGCUGAUCCUAAUGAGCAUCAAUACUGGACCGACCCGAUCCUCUGUGAAGAAACUCGAGCCAGGCUCGAGCAUUUCCGCAGCGUUGGAUGGCUACCCCCGAACUUCAAACCCAAGACAUUGGAAGGUCUUGCAGUGGUCGAAAGAUACUGGCGAAGAUUUUGCAUCCAUUCAAAAGAGGACUACGUGGAGUAUUUACUCUUGGAGGACCAGACGAUUUACAUGAAUUUCUUCGAUUGGAUGUACAGGACCUCACGACAGAAGCUUCUUCAGUCGUAUGAUGAGUACUGGCGACGGCUUUGCCAAUACUUUGCUCUGUUUGCACGGCGCCGUCUGAAUGGCAACGUCUAUGAACAGAUGCGACGAUUCCUGAAUAAAGUAUUCCCCGCAGAGCGAAAGAUCCCCAGGCGUAUGAAGAAGAAGGACACCCUUGACGUUAAUGUCUUCUGCAUCUUAUAUCGCCAUCACUGGAUGUAUUCGAGAUUUUUUCGUCACGGGAGCAUGAUUAUUCAAUUUGCCAUUGUCCAACUGUGGUCUGCCAUCACUGGAACGCGACUGGGUGUACUGCUUCCCCAGAAAGCUUCCCAAACUGGCCAACAGUCAUCCCUGGGCAAACGCAAACGCAAGGAGACUUUUCAGAGCGACCUUCCCAAACACGUUUCCGCCGACGAUCUUCCAGACUCGGUCUGCUACGGCGAUAUUGAGCUCUUCAUUCUUAAAGACCCAGAUAGCAAGCGUGAUGUCCUUUGUGCCAUCAUUGAGUUUCGCAACCUCAAAGGCCGGCCAGAAGGCGCUGACGGAACUAAAUUCUUCAUGCAUGGUGAUUAUCAAAUGGCUUAUUGCCCAAUCAACCAAAUUAUCUCACUAGCUUUCCGCGAUGGGGCUUUUCUCAAUGCCUUGACUCCAGAGCUGAUAUGGCGGCUCCAUCUUCCCCUCCGGUGGAAGCCAGAGCUCCUUGAUACCCCUCUCCUUCAACAUAUUGAGCGCACUCCGCACGGCUACGAGCUCCAUGAAUCAUUGCCGAUGACGUAUGACUCAAGCCGACAAGCGCUCAAAAAACUAGGGAACUUCACAAGCCAGGAGCGGCAGAGAGUGUUAGGCCAGUCCGGCGACGCGGUUUUCGAGAGGCAUUACCAGUCACAGUUUAUCGGCCGCGAUCUCCAGCAUGUGCUUCUCCGACCCUCCCAGGAAGGUCUUCUUCGGGUUGCUGGAAGCAUGCUCAGGAAGAGGGAUCCCCUUGCCCCGUCAGGUCUUACCGACCAGCAGAAACGUGCUAUUUGCCAUGACCCCAGAAUCCUGGAGCUUAGACGAGAGCAGAGGGAGCUGAAGGAGGAGAUGCGAUCGCUAGCUGGUAUAGUAGCGAAAGCUCGGGAGUCGUUCCCUCAUCUGCAUGAAAGACAUGAGGCAGUGAAAAAGGAGCUCUCUCGGUCUGAUGCUGAAAGUUGCGAAGAUGUCGACUCCGAUGAUGAAGACUGGGAUAUUCCUAUUCCAGAAUACGUCUUUCCCGAGCGAGUGCGACUAGUGGAGAAUUUUUAUGGCCCUGAAGCGGAGUGCUUUGAUGCCGAUAAGUUACUUGCACGGCGUAUCCAGGUUACUAAGGACAUGGUUGCGCUCUCGAAGCUCUGCGAACCAAGCCGGCGAGGCAACCCAAUCAACUGGGCUGUGAGUGAUGACACCAAGGCAGAUGAAACUGAACGUGAAGAGUCGGAAGAAUCACCACCUUCUGGAGAAGAAGCCCUGGAUUGCCUAACGGACGUUUGCAUUGUCUGUUGCGGUUUGUCGCGUCGUUCGGCAUCUAAUCCGCCUCCACAUAAAUUCCCUUCCAAGCGAAAAGAUUCACUCCGUCGCCAUCUCAUUGAUGUUCAUCUCGCCCGUGCGCACGAGGGGAUUAGCUGUACCUGGGCGGCCUGCUGCGAUGUCCCUAAGUUCACAAAGGCUACUGAAUUCUUGGCGCAUGCCGUUGAUGUGCACUCAUAUGAUAUCCAGAUCAAAUUAAAACAUCUCCCAAGCAAACCUCUCUUAACUUGCAGUGAUACUUCCUCUAUUGACAGCACAGACGCUUCUCUGGAAUCAUGUGGACGGUCAGGCACUAGCACUCCCGCUUCCUCUGUGGGCCCUGCGACAGAAAAUAUUGACCCGCGCUUGCUGGAACUCGAAAAAGAUACCGUUACAGAGGCCCCACCGCGUCGCUCAAAGAGGCUGCGACGCUAA